AAACGCUCCUCGCCAGUGUCCAGCCGUCCAUCUAAGUCUCCUGGAAUCCAACGGCAUAUCUAACAGGCCAUGGAGGAGGAGCCCUCGAGCCCUUAUCCUCAAAUUCGGGUGUCGGGUUCGACACCGUGUCGUCAGAAACCGGCAGCGGAGAUGACACAUUGUGUCGAGACCCGGCCAGCUGAAGAGACACCGUCCCGGAAAAUUGCGGCAGAGAAGGGCGGCGGGACACGGCACCCCGUCUUCAGAGGCGUUAGGAAAAGGAGAUGGGGCAAAUGGGUAUCGGAAAUCAGGGAGCCGAGGAAGAAGUCUAGGAUUUGGCUUGGCUCUUUUCCGACGGCCGAGAUGGCUGCUCAUGCCUAUGACGUGGCGGCGUUAAACCUGAAAGGACGGAAAGCUGCCCUCAACUUUCCCGAAAAUGCAGAUACGCUGCCCCGCCUAGCGACGUGUUCGGCUAGAGACAUUCAGGCGGCGGCCGCAGCAGCGGCAGCAGCGGCGGAGAGUUGCAGCGAAGCCGAAAUUUCGCCGAAAUCUGAGGUGUCGACCGCGGGUACGGAGGAUGAUUUCUGGGGGGAGCUGCCUGCAUUGUGGAAGAACGGGGAGAUAUUCUCGGCGCCUGAAAUCUCGGAUUUCGUUUCGGAGUUCUUCGGGGAGGGUUUCAUUUCGGGGAUUUGCGGCGCAACCGAGGGGGAUUCGGCGGCGCAGCUUGUUCCUCCCGCUUGUUGCGGGCUCCUCCGCGCCUCCUCGCCUCCCCUCCGAUGACGUCAUCAGGUCAGCUUUAUUCGUCUAGUUCUUCUAUUGGCAGUCCUGUUUUCUGCUAUCUCCACCUGUCUUCUCUGGGUGGAGAUAGCAAAAACGAAGGUCCAAAUAGCAUAAGCCAAUCCCUUACUCUAUUUUGGUUGUGAAGUAUGGCCAAUUCACCAUUGAAAAAAAUUAAGGACGGUGAGAUUUGGAUGACUUCGUUUGGCUUGGAGAAAUGCGUUCCGUACUAUCACUACACCUGUCACUGUAAAUUGGAUGGACGGGUAGGAUUUGUGGCGUAACUGUGUAUGGCUCAUCUGGUAGUACUUUACUCUUUUGUGGAUCAGUAGUCACUACCAUAUUUGUUUUCAUUGCCGUUUUUUGUUAAAAUUUGUGUAUUGGUUAACUUUGGGUUCCAUGUAUAUUCCUCAUCGGUGAAGUUAUUUUUGGAAGUUUACGUGGGCUGAAUUUGACCCCUAUUUUGACGUU